AUGGAGGCAUUUACUUUUGCACUGUCCACCCAGGUGGAACUUCCUAUUUGCAUCAAGAUCGGCUCAUUAGAAGGCAAGCAGAAGCAGGUCCCAUUCUCGCGACUGGUCCGGAACCCGGAACUGCGAUAUCUCGGAUCCUCCCAGAACCCUGCCUCCGAUCUUUUUGUAACCGCUCAGCUAUGGUCGGAUUCGAAGCCUCUUGGUGUUCCUUUACAGACUGCCUAUAAGGCAUUCAAAAAUAGUCGAGUAUGGAAUGAAUGGCUGCAGAUGCCCCUGUCCAUCAAGGAUGCCCCGCUGAAAUCUCAACUGGCAAUUACAGUCUGGGACUUAUCCCCGCUGGCGGGUGAUGGACCACAGGGCCACUAUGUUCCGUUCGGCGGAACUACAAUAUCUUUGUUUGACAAUGAAGGGAAACUAAGAAUGGGACGACAGAAAUGCAAGAUCCAUCGCCAUAAAGCCGGUGAUGGCUUCUCCUCUACAUCAACCCCAUCUAUACCACCACCAAAGCGGCGGAAACAAAAUGCGCGUGAUAUGAUGGCUCCGUCAUCGGCGGAGGCAGAGCUAGAGCGGAUCGAGGUCCUGAUCAAAAAGCACGAGAUGGGUGACAUCACCCGCAUUGAUUGGAUGGACCAGAUGGUGUUCCGUCAGCUGGAGAAGCUCAAGCUCCAGGCGGAAGAAGCCGCCCGCAAAAGAGCUAUAUCUCUCAAAGCCAUUAAGCAGAACGCCGGCGAUGCUGGACUUCAUGAGGAUGACAGUUCCGAUGAUGAGGAACUGGACGAUGAAAACUUUGUCCUUCAUGUGGAUUUCCCACGCUUUGAUCAUCCCAUAGUUUGGGCUGAUCACCAGUACUCGCCCCCGCCCAUCUCAUCCCAUGCCCAAAACGUGCCUAACCAUCCGAAUUCGACACUCAAACCCGUCCCGGAGGUUCGCUUCGGUCCCGGAAUCGAAGGCGCAGAUCGCGCCGGCGUUAUCAGAAUCUAUGACCCAGAAGUGGGUCAGACUGGCAAUCCGUGCGAAGACAAGCAUCGGAGAUUGAUUCGCAGCCAUCGAACUGGAUUCAUGGACAGAGACCUUAAACCCAACCCAAAGAACCGUGACGAACUCAAUAUUAUCUUGUCAUACGAGCCGACACAAGAUCUCACAGCCGAAGAGAAGGACUUGGUUUGGAGAUUUAGGUACUAUCUGACCAGAGAGAAACGAGCAUUGACCAAGUUCGUCAAAUCGGUCAAUUGGCGUGACGAGGGCGAGUCCCGGCAAGCCGUCGAAAUUCUGCCCAAGUGGACUGAGAUCGAUGUUGAUGAUGCUUUAGAGCUUCUUGGGCCCACGUUUGACAAUCCAGCAGUCCGCUCCUACGCCGUGGCAAGAUUGCGUAAAUCUGAUGACGAGGAACUUCUUCUUUAUCUCUUGCAAUUGGUGCAGGCUUUGAAAUACGAGGAGAGUUCGGAUGGCGACGCAGACGAGGCCGCGCAUGACUCUUCUCUGGCCAACUUCCUCAUUUCACGGGCUGCCAAGAAUUUCAAACUUGGAAACUCUCUGCAUUGGUACCUUAUGGUUGAAUGCGACGAUGCCGGCCCAGGCACCCCGUCAAAUCAGCGCCGACUAUUCGCGCGAGUCGAAUACUAUUUCAUGGCAGAAUUAGAAAAGAUUAAUGCCGAGCAUCGAAAGAUUCUCCUUCGCCAAGGUGAAAUGAUUGCUGUCCUCUCCAAGAUUGCGAAGGACAUUCGCUUCUCUCGGGAAACUAGGCCUGCAAAGAUCGAGAAGCUGAAGAAGGCCCUACGCGAUCCAAAGAACGACUUGAUUCAUAUUGACCCGCCUCUCCCCCUGCCACUAGACCCGGAUGUCUCAGUGGUUGGGUGUUACCCCGAUGAAUCCAACGUUUUUAAAUCGACACUAUCUCCGCUUAAUAUUACGUUUCAGACUUCCGACGGCCGACGAUACCCCCUCCUGUUCAAAGUGGGUGAUGAUCUUCGCCAGGAUCAGUUGGUCAUCCAAAUCAUUAUCCUAAUGGAUCGGCUCCUGCAAAAAGAGAACCUGGAUUUGAAAUUGACACCGUAUCGGAUUCUUGCGACUAGUUCCACGGCCGGUGCUGUUCAAUUUAUUCCAUCUACUUCCCUCUCCGCGGCGUCUGCCAAGUACAGGUCCAUCCUCACCUAUUUGAAAGAGCACAAUCCAGAUGAUAAUGAGCCUCUCGGUGUUCGGAAAGAGGCGAUGGACACUUACAUCAAGUCCUGCGCCGGAUACUGCGUGAUCACGUAUCUUCUUGGUGUUGGUGACCGACAUUUGGAGAACCUGCUUUUGGCGCCGGAUGGCCACUUCUUCCAUGCCGACUUUGGCUUCAUUCUUGGGCGCGAUCCUAAACCUUUUGCUCCAAUGAUGAAACUUUGCAAAGAGAUGGUUGAGGGUAUGGGCGGCACUACAUCGCCUCAUUACCUGCAGUUCAAGCAAUAUUGUUACACUGCCUAUACUACACUGCGAAAGUCUGCAAACCUGAUUCUCAAUCUCUUCAGUCUGAUGGUUGAUGCCAAUAUUCCGGACAUCCGAGUCGAACCUGACAAGGCCGUCUUGAAAGUGAAAGAGCGUUUCCAUCUUGAAAUGACUGAAGAAGAGGCCAUUCGACACUUCGAGCAACUUAUCGGCGAUAGCGUCAAUGCAAUCUUUGGCGUGGUUAUUGAUCGUCUGCAUGAGUUUGUGCAAGGCUGGAGAGCAUGA